CCCACGUGAUAGAUUGACUGGCUGGUGACGUCCUGGCCAGGGAGCCCGAGCUUCAACCCUAAUGAACGACCUACGGAAGCUUGCAUAAACCGGUUGCUUAACGUUGAACAAUCCUACGACAGCCUUUACCACGUAUUUUCGCGUGUCCUCGACCCCCCUACGCGAGCCAUAAUUUUACCCACUCUGGCAACUCGGGGCCCCAUUUAUCCAGCCCGUACCAUAGCGACGCAGCAACACGUUCGCCCUUGACCCGACGACCGCCCAUCCGAACAUCAAGAGCCCCGUUCCGACGACUGCCACCGACAUCUCCCCUCUCCCCGUCAUUCCAUCAUGCCCGCCAAGCGCAAGAGAACCAACACCGUCACGUCGACGUCGGCCGCUGCUGUCGAGGACGUGCCCCAGCCCUCGUCGCGCGACGCGUCGGGUGAAGACACCGAAGACCCCGUCCUGCAGGAGGUGAAGCAGCGGCAGACGGAGGCGGCGAACCCGUCGUCCAAGCGCGCGCGCUCGAUAAAGUCCGAGGAGAACGGCGACGAGCCCGAGGAGGGCAGAGCCGCCAAGGCGGCCCGCCAGGAUGCGUCAUCACCGGAGAAGGCACACGGCGGCGAGAACGGUGAGGAGGGCACGAUGAGGAUGCCCCCGCCACCCAAGGCGGGCAUAGUCGACCCGGUGGGAUACCACACGAAUCCGCCGCCGGAGGGCCGGUCGGUGCGGGUGUAUGCGGACGGCGUCUUCGAUCUGUUCCACAUCGGACACAUGCGGCAGCUCCAGCAGGCUAAACAGGCUUUCCCCGACACGACCUUGAUCGUCGGCGUGACGGGCGACAAGGAGACCCAUAGGCGGAAGGGCCUUACCGUCCUGUCUGCUCGCGAGCGCGCGGAGAGUGUCCGGCACUGCAAAUGGGUCGAUGAGGUUAUAGAGGACUGCCCCUGGAUUGUGACUCCGGACUUUAUGGAGAAGCACCAGAUCGACUACGUCGCGCACGACGACAUCCCGUACGGCGCCAAUGAGGGCGACGACAUCUACUCGCCCAUCAAGCGUGAGGGCAAGUUCCUCGUUACGCAAAGAACCGAGGGCCUCAGCACGACGGGCAUCAUCACGAAGAUUGUGCGCGACUACGACCAGUACAUCCAACGGCAGCUGAAGCGCGGCACAUCGCGCCAAGAGCUAAACGUGUCGUGGCUGAAGAAGAACGAGCUGGAGAUUAAGCGCAGCGUAGGCGAGCUGCGCGACAACAUCCGCAACAACUGGGCGACGACGGGACAAGAGCUGGGCCGCGAGCUGCGCAGCUUCUGGCAGCAGUCGCGACCGGGCAGCCCCGCACGCAGCCCCGUCGUCACGCCCAGCUCCGAGCACCCGCCCAAGCUGUUCAGCAGCCCCUCCGCCGCGGUCCAGCGCCUCAGCCACCUUGAGAUCCCGCCACGCCAGGGCUCUUCUGUCGGCGGCGAGUCGCGCACGCAGGACUUUGCGGCCGGUUACAGCCUUGGCUUGGUCAGCAGCGUGCGGUCUUGGGUACGUAUCUAGCUGCUGUGACGACGACAACGACGAACGACGAACGACGGCGGAGCCGGCGGCCCUUCGAGGGCAGCGAGUGCUUGUGUCCGGAUGUUGUGUGUUGUUGUUGUUUUUUCUUUUUUCUGCUUUUCUAGUGUUUUUGUUGCGGUGUGGUUGUGCUAACGGGGGUCGAGCAGAUGGCGCGGAGUCGCCGCAACUUGCGCGAGAGC